UCUCCACCACUUCGCCACCCGCCGUGACAAGCUCUGCUUUCUCGCCGCAGCAGAGCAUGGCUCUCCCCCGCGGCCUCCUCCUCGCCGCGGCAUUGUGCCUGCUCCUCCUUGCUGCCGCAGACGCGGGCACCGUGGGCGUGAACUGGGGGCGGGUGGCGAACGACCUGCCCAGCCCGGCGGCGGUGGUGCAGCUGCUCAAGCAGCACGGCAUCGCGCAGGUCAAGCUCUACGACACCGAGCCCGCCGUGCUGCGCGCGCUCGCCAACAGCGGCAUCAAGGUGGUCGUCGCGCUGCCCAACGAGCAGCUCGCGGCCGCCGCCAGGCGCCCCUCGUACGCGCUCGCGUGGGUGCGCCGCAACGUCGCCGCCUACUACCCGGCCACGCAGAUCCAGGGCAUCGCCGUCGGCAACGAGGUGUUCGCCACGGCCGCCAAUGUUACGGCGCAGCUCGUCCCGGCCAUGAUCAACGUGCACGCCGCGCUGGCCAGGCUCAACAUGGACAAGGCCGUCAAGGUGUCGUCCCCCGUCGCGCUCUCGGCGCUCGCCAACUCGUACCCGCCCUCCGCCGGCGUGUUCAAGGAGGAGCUCGCGCAGUCGGUGAUGAAGCCCAUGCUGGACUUCCUGGCGCAGACCGGCUCCGACCUCAUGGUCAACUGCUACCCGUUCUUCGCCUACGCGGACAAUGCCGGCGUCAUCUCGCUCGACUACGCGCUCUUCCGCCCCAACGCCGGCGAGCUCGACUCCGGGAGCGGCCUCAAGUACUACAGCCUCCUGGACGCGCAGCUGGACGCCGUGUUCACGGCCGUGGGCAAGCUGGGCAACUAUAACGGCGUGCACGUGGUGGUGUCGGAGACGGGGUGGCCGUCCAAGGGCGACGCCAAGGAGGUUGGCGCUGGCGCGGCCAACGCCGCGGCGUACAACGGCAACCUCGUCCGGCGCGUGCUAUCCAAGAACGCCGGCACCCCGCGCCGCCCCGACGCGGACAUCGACGUGUACCUCUUCGCGCUCUUCAACGAGAACCAGAAGCCCGGGCCGACCUCGGAGCGCAACUACGGCGUCUUCUACCCGAACCAGCAGAAGGUGUACGACGUGGAGUUCGUCCUCGGCAGCGGCGGCUCCGUGGGAGCCGGCGGCAAGGGCAGCGGCGCCCUCGGGUGGCAGGACAACGGCAGCGGUAAUGCGGCGCCGGCGACAGGCGGCGGGGUGGUGAGGGCGGCGGCGACGCCGGGGGAGGCGUGGUGCGUGGCGAACGCGAUGGUGGGCGAGGCGCGGCUGCACGCGGCGCUGGACUACGCGUGCGGGCCGGGCGGCGCGGACUGCAAAGGUAUCCAGCCCGGCGCGGCGUGCUUCGAGCCCAACACCAUGGUCGCCCACGCGUCCUACGCCUUCAACGACUACUACCAGCGCAAGGGCCGCUCCAUCGGCACCUGCGACUUCGCCGGCGCCGCCUACGUCGUCAACCAGGCGCCAAAGAUGGGCAAGUGCGAGCUCCCCUCCACGGUCUGAAACAACGCAAGGAAAUGCGGCGUCCUCCACGCAUCCCGGGAUGCGAGGUUGAUUUAUAAAUUAACGGAAGGAGAUGAAAAUAUCUAUGUACCGCACGCAGGUCGGCCAGAGUGCCAUGGUGCGAGGGAAAGGAGGGGAGGAAUGCUGCUGGACAUCUUUGCUCCUUUUUCUUUGGUCUUUGCCCUCUGCUUGACUGCUGCAGCGUACGUAGAACAUUGGUGGUACUGUAGCCGGCCGGCUGUGCGCCUUUCUGCAGCUUUGGCUCUUGGGGGAUAUCUUUGUUUAACUACUAGUCUCUCUGUAACUAUGCUUUUACUGUAAGCUUGGAUUACUACUUACUAGUAGUAUAGAUUAAUUCUAAGUAUAAUAGCCUUUUGUGUCCCA